AUGUCUUGGAAUCAACCCGAACCAAAUGGGUACAGAUGUAAUGAAGAUAACGUGGUUCAUCCCAGCUCAGCAGACCAUGAAUUCAAUUUCAAAGACGGUUCUUUUGAUCUCACCAGUCGGGAGCGAGACCCUGGUUAUUUGAUUCUCCCUUCCACGAUCACAGUAGUGCCGCAGGAAAAAAAUUGUUUUCAAGACGACGCUGAUGACUUGUCUGAUUCUGUUUUCAAGGAGAUAGCGGAAAUGCUCAUGGCUGACGACACGGACCAGAAGUCGGUGGAUACAUCCUUCGACCCUUUGGCCCUCAAAGCUGCCGAGAAAUCUUUGUACGAAGUUUUGGGUCAAAAGUAUCCUCACUCACACGAUGAUCAGGCCGUUCUCUGCGCCAACAGCUUGAGUGGGAUGAUUCACUCUUCUCCAAGCACACUCCCUUUUGCUAGUUCUUGUAAUGGGAUGGAGGAGACUAGUAGCACUAAUUAUUUCUUCCGCCCUGAAAAUCAAUAUUCGUCGAUUAUCGAUACUGAGAACUAUGAUUCGCCUCCCAUGUCAAAGUGUGACACUCCAAAGAAAGAGAGGGAGAAUCUGCGUAGUGGUGCAGAGAGGAAGAAGGAUCUGCGCGGGAAGAAUGUAGAUUAUGUAGAAGAAGGAAGGAGUAAUAAGCGAUUAACAAUUUACACCGAAAUUUAUACCGAAGAAGAUGAGUUAGCAGAGAUGUACGAUAGGAUUUUGCUUUGUCCCGACGAUAGUAAAAAGCUUCAGGUGUUCACUUCAGAUGAUGAUGAGGUUCCACAAAAUGGACGAACAGGCAUAUAUGAUGCUAAGAAGAGUAGCAUAAAGAAAACUCUCGGUAAGAACAGAAGAGCAGGAUUGAGGAGACUCCUUCUUCUAUGUGCACAAGCUGUUGCUUUCAAUGACAGCGUCACUGCACAUAAACUAUUAAAUCAGAUUAGGCAGCAGUCUUCUGCUCUUGGCGAUGGAUCAGAAAGGACUGGCCAUUAUUUUGCCAAUGCCCUUGAAGCACGCUUGGGCGGCACAGGGUUUCAAAGUUAUGCUGCUUCAUCUCUCCAAAGGCUAUCAGUAGUCCAUCAAUUCAGACUUUACCGAGCUAUUGCCUUGGCGUGCCCAUUCUUUGGGACCCAUUUUUCUUUUUCCAAUCACAACAUUCUAAAUUUAGUCGAAAAAGUAUCAACACUUCAUAUUAUAGAUUUGGGUUUCUCCUACGGCUUUCAAUGGCCCAAAUUUAUUCAAGAUCUUUCUGUCAGACUGGGUGGACCUCCCAAGCUUCGCAUUACAGUGAUAGUGUCUCCUAAAUUCGGUCUCCAAGCAGCAAAAUUAGGUGAGAAUGUGGGGCAUCGUUUGAUAAGGUAUUGCAAGCGCUUUAAUGUUCCAUUUGAGUACUAUUUAAUAACACAAAAAUUGGAAAAUAUCCAAAUAGAAGAUCUCAAGAUCGAUGGAAACGAGUUAACUAUUGUGAAUUGCCUACGACAGCUUGAGUAUCUAUUUGAUGAGACAAUUAUGAAAAAUAGUCCAAGGACUUCCGUUCUAAAGUUAAUCUUGAAAAUAAAUCCAAAUAUUUUCAUCCUUGGUAUAAAUAACGGAUCCUACAAUUCGCCCUUCUUUAUCCCACGUUUUCGAAACACACUUCUUGGAUUCUCAUCUUGGUUUGAUAUGUUUGAUAAUAUUUUAAGUCAUGAAGAAUGGGCAAGGUUAAUGUUUGAGAAACAGUAUUUUGGGCCCAAUAUUAUGAAUGUCAUAGCAUGUGAGGGUUUGGACAGAGUUGAUAGGACGGCGACAUACAAGUACUGGCAGGUUCAGAUUAUGAACAUGGGAUUCAGGCAACUCCCAUUAGAUUCAGAGCUCGUGAAAAUAUUGAGGGCUAAGAUGGCAUCUAACUAUGAUAAGAAUUUUUUUAUUAAUGAAGAUGGUCAUUGGGCGGUGCAGGGAUGGAAAGGUCGAGUUUUGCGUGCCAUCUCUUGUUGGAUUCCUGCAAGAGAGUCUUAA